CGCGCAGGCGCACUGUAGCGCCGCGGGUCCGCCCCUCUAGCGGACGUUUUCCUAGCGCUCGAGGUUAGCGGAGCUGGGGGUCGCGGCCUGACUUUGUGUAGUCAAGCAUGAGGUCCCUUCUGACACAGUCGUUUGGAGGCCAGCUGUCUAUAGGACAGUGCAUUCAUUCGCACUCACCCUUCUGAAGUCAUGCUUCUGGUGUUUUCAUUUCGACCGAACCAACUUUUACUUCAGAUUUCAGCGUCGUGGGCGAACUUCACGUGAGAUGGAAGAUUUCCGAGGUAUAGCAGAAGAAUCAUUUCCCAGCUUUUUAGCCAAUUCACUUCUUGGUAGUAGUGAGGUUUUGGAAAAUGUCACUCUUCCAUCAAAUUUUGGCUUGCCCAUUGCUGUUUCUACACUUGCCAAGAACAGACCUAGCAUUGACAACAGGUGUCCUGAUGUCGAGGCAUCAUACUUAAUUGAAGACAGGUUUUCAGUUCCUUCUGCAUCAUCUCCCAGUUGCAAGAGUGACAACACUGAGCCAAGAGAAAGAUUACAACUCAGCUUUCAGGGUGAUGAUUCUGCUACAAGGAAAAAGAACUGCAUAGAAAGUCCACAUUUGUCACGUGCUCUAAUGAAACCAACAGCAGAAGGGAAGCAAGCUAACACUACAUCUGUUCAGGGUCAGAGUGUUACAGAUGGAGUUUCCCCUCUGCAGCUACCAGAUUCAGCUCUUGAUUUUCACUUAAAAUCAUGGACAAAUAAUCAAGAACACAAGACUGCCAUGCCUGAUCCAAAGAAGCAUCUAGAAGCCAUGAAUCCAAACAGUGAUUUCAGCCACACCAGCUUAUUAGACAAUGAGAAACCUUUAACAUUGACACACUUGGACGACUCCUCUGAUGAUGAUAUUAAUGAUGAAGAAUUUUAUGAUGAUCAUUUAGAAGCAUAUUUUGAACAACUAGCCAUACCAGGGAUGAUAUAUGAAGCAGGAGGACAGGAGUCACCAGAGAAUGAUUUUAAGUUCCCUGCAAAUGAAAACAGUUUCUUAAACUGUGAGUUUCAAUCAGAAAAUAACAGUCCUCUGAUUCUUCAUGAUGCCUAUACUUCAGGAAAUUGUCAUACUACUCAAACAGAGUCUGCGGAAGGCCAUGGUAGUCGGCCGGGGACCAGUGGCUGUGUAGGUACUAUAGAUAAUAAAAAGCAGGUAGAUAAUAUAUCAAUUUACUCUCAUACCUGGAGAACUGAGAAGGAAGGGGUACACCAUUUGAAGGAUCUUGUUCCAAAUCAAAGCAGAGAAUGUGGAGGAGGGGAUAUUCUGGUGAAGAGGCUGCCUGCUGUGGGUGAGACUCUCAGACCUACUUAUAGUCACAGCACAAAUGAAACAGAAGGUGCCUUUGACCCAGCUGACUACAUACAACAGGAUUCAGAAUCUCCUCACCAAAAUAAACAUUUGGCUCCAGAUUUAGAAACAGUUCUGAAUGUGGAUAGAUGCUUAAAUACAGAGACUCCUGCAGUGUUUAUUCAAAAAGAUGGGAACAUUGCAUCUUCGAAGACUAAUGGCGACAAUGGAAUUAAUUCUCCUGAUACUCUUUGGUCACCAACUUGUGACAGGAGAGCAUGUGACUUUUAUGAGUCUGGUGCAAAGACUAAUGACAAAAUGGAUCUCUCACAGAAUGUAGUCUACCAAAAUGAAGAGGGCAGAUGGGUCACUGACCUUGCCUACUACACAUCUUUUAUUGAUCAACAAGAUUUACAGAUGUCUCCAAAUAAUGAAAUGAAUGAAGACUUCAGAUCUGGCUCUGAAGCAUUGGAUUUAAUUGCAAAAGAUGAAGAAGAAUUCAAUAAAGAACAUCCAUUUAUUCAGGAUGAAAAAAUGGAUGAUCAGAACCCUUCGGUGGCACUUGGCGAUACAUCCUGGGUAGCAACAAUUAAUUACCAUUUAUUGAAAAAAUCGCUUGGCACGUCAGAUUUCGAUAAAGAUGAUGGCAGUUAUCUACGCCUGUCAUUAGGAGAGUUCUUUGCAGAAAGAUCUGAAGCUCUUGGUUGCCUUGGUGGUGGUAAGGAUGUGAAAAGACCAUCCUUUGGCUAUUUUAUUAGAUCACCAGAGGAGAGAGAACCUGUUGCGUUAAUAAAAUCUGAUGUGUCAAGAAGUAAUUUGGAAAAAGAAGUAACUCAUCUUCACCAUGGUUUCUCUUCAGGGUUUCUCUGUGUAUCCCUGGCUCACCUGGACUCACUCUGUAGACCAGGCUGGCUUGCACUCAGAGAUCCUAAAGGAGACUUGAAUCAACAGUCCCAAGCACAGCUAAGUGAAGGAUCGGUUACACUUGAGGCUGAAGAACUGCAGAGAAAUCCCCAGGUGGAUGAAGACACGACACUAACUGCCAGCCGAAGCCAGACAGAGGUAGCUCAAGCUCUCCCUAAAGGCAUCUUAGAUUCUCUUGAUGGACCAAGGUCAUCUGUGAAAAAUGACACUUUCUGCAGUAAUAACAAGCUUCAGGAAUAUAAAAACACACUGUCUGGUGGUGGAGAUUCUGUCCUUAGAAUAAGCACCAUUACUUCAGCCAUUGCAGAUGUGUCAGUGAGCACCGAUCCCACCCAGCUUGUUGCCAUGAUGAAGGCACUUACAAAUAAAGGAAGAGGCGAGACUUUCCAGGGUGGUGAGACACGAGAGGACCGUUCGCCCAUCUCUCAUUUCUUACUUAAUGAUUUAGAAAAAAGUAACAGAUCCAAUGCAUUUGAUAUGGAGAAAUACCUUACAAAAACGGAACUUAGUAACUGUGAAGGUACACGAGAGCCCUUUGCAAGAGCAGGCACAUCUGACAUGUGGGAUUUACCUUUACCCGAGCAGACUGUUCAGGACAUGAGUAUGGUGAACGUUUGUGCUACUGAUACAAGGGAAGCAGAAGAAGAUGCAGAAGCUGUUUUCUGUGGUGAAAAUAUAGGGAGCGAUACUCAAUCACUUAGAAAAGUUACCUCUUCAGAGUCAGUUCUCACAAACAUGAGAGAGACUAGAAAUACAGCCAUGCGGCAGAUGUCACACUCUGUUGACAAAUUACUGGAUAGGCUGAACAGUGAGAAAGCUGCCUCAGUUUCCAUUGUAGCAUCCGGGAGUGACUCAUCACUAAGGAACCCCAGAGGACCUUCCUUUAGCAUUGUAGAACAAUGUGAAGAAAUGCAAGAUAACCAAGAACUUGGAAGGAAGAAAGAGUGUGUCUGUGAGACAAGCAGCAGUGACAAACAUGUCACCUUUGAGGACGGUCAUGUAGUCUUACGUAAAAGUGUUGAUUUGAAAACUGCCUCUCCUGAGAGUGAUAGAUCUGGCUUUCAAGACGAGGAGAACUACAGACUAUCUACGUCACCGCUCAGUCACUCUUCUCCCAGUGAAAUUUCUGGAAACUUCUCAGGAUGUGUUCUGGAAUCUCUUGACUCAGCUUAUCACCAGAGUCCCCACUUAAAGAGUGAGUUGUCUCAGCUGGCAUGCUCCCAUGCUGACAUGAGCAGGCUGACUUACGUGUCUGCACAGGAAUAUACCUUUCCUGUCACAGCUGCUGCUGAAAGCGCAGAGGACCACAAGAGUGAUCUCACCAGUGAGCUGAGUACCACAAUUGUUCGAGCCAGUCCUAUUCCACCAGAGGAACAAGCUAUGGAGAAACUAAGAGACAAAAUUCCGGGUCAGAAUGCAGAAAAAGUAUCAGUGCCAUGUGUUAUCCAGAGUAAGUCUGGUUUAGGAAACAUGACAGAAACUCCUUUGAGGAUCGGAUUUGAAGAUGGAGAACCUAACUUUACAUCCACUCAAGAUAUUUCUUCCAAAAGUGGGGAAUCCUUGGAAGCUGGUAAGAAGGAUUCAACAUCUGGCUCCAGUGAGCAGGAUCUGAUUGGCCAAACUCUUCUGAACAAGCCGUGUCUAAACCACCGGUCUGGGCCAACCAUACCAAACCUUCCUGUAUUGAGCCAGAAGACUGUGGAUCAAGGUCAAAGAUUAACAUCUACUUGUCUGUCAACUGCCAGCAGUGAAUCUAGCAGCCAGAUUCCUAAUCUGGGCACCUCUGGAAACCAGCAUAAUCCUGCACCUCACAUUUCAGCUCAUGUUUCUGUUGCUAAGGUGCAGAACCAGCCUGCUGUGUGUCCUGCCCUCUGGACUGGACAUUCUCUAUACACAGCUCCUGGGGCCCCACAGUAUUUGGGGCCAGUCUCUUCAUCUGGGAAUGCCACCUUGUCACAGUGCCAUGCAGGCAUGCAGGUCUGUGGGAUUUCAGGGUAUUCUCCUUAUCCUCCUGUUGCACCAGAGCAUGUGGCUUCUGGGAUGUAUUUAGGACCAAAUCUUGCCUCUGGAUUGAUGGCUCCCUCUUCUCUUUAUAACCUAUGUUCUACUGCUGUACACCAGAACCUGCUUAGCACAGCAAAGCCAUUUCCUGUGCAGUCUGUUGGUACAAACUGUGAAACUGGACCAUGGGACUCAGGGAUGAUGUCUGGAUUUGGGAAUGCCAGAGUACCUGAGGAACUGAGGUUUCCUCAUGCUUGCUGUGUAGGUAUUGCUUCACAGACCCUCCUUAGUGUUCUCAACCCAACUGACCACUGGCUACAAGUCAGCAUCAGAGUUCUCAGUAUUUGUGUGAACGGUGAGAAGGUGGAUCUUUCAACCCAAACAUAUUUAGUUUUCAAGAAUAAAGUCGUAAUAAGACCUCAUGCCACAGAAGAGAUAAAAAUUCUUUUUAUCCCCACAAAUUCUGGAAUUUUCAGAUGUACGUUCAGUGUUGCUUCUUGGUCAUUUUCAGCAGAUGCUGAUACAAUAGUGCAAGCAGAAGCUCUGGGAAGCAGAGUUACUCUUACUGCCAUUGCUGAAACCCCUGUUAUUGAGGUAGAAACAGAGAAGAAAGGUGUUCUGGAUUUUGGUGACCUGACCUAUGAAGGCUGGAAAGCUCUCCCACUCAAGUUAAUAAACAGGACACAUGCUACUGUUCCAGUCAGACUGAUUAUUAGUGCUAAUGCCUUAGCCUGGCGCUGCUUCACGUUUUCCAAAGAGCCCAUCCGUGCUUCUCUGAAAGCCGCUCCGUAUGCUGAUGUGACGGCUCAGCUAGUGGCCCCAUCCGUAGUUAGUCACGUGAUGCCUGCCAGUUACGAUGGAAAGGAUCCAGAAUCUCUGAUUGUCUGGGUUAUUUUUCAUAGCCCAAGGAAACGCCUCACUUCAGAAAUUCUAGGCUCAGCAGAAGAAUUCUUGGCCAGGGUGGAUAUAGAAGUGGACAGCCCAAACCCUAUGCCAGUUCUUAGAAGUGUGGAUCUCCGAGCCAGAGCAGGAGUAGCUAGGAUCCAUGCCCCUCGGGACUUGCAGACUAUCUAUUUGUUGGCUGAUGUGAAUUCCUCAACCAAACAGCCCUUGCCUUUGAAAAACGCUGGAAAUAUUGAAGUUUAUCUAGACAUCAAGGUUGCUGAACAAGGAAGUCAGUUUUCAGUGGACCCAGAAAGUUUGUUUCUCAGACCUGGAGAAGAACAUGAAGUUACAGUUUCAUUUACACCAAAGGAUCCCAAAGCAUGUGAAGAAAGGAUCCUGAUAAUAUUUGUGCAGCCAUUAGGACCUCAAUAUGAAGUAAUGUUAAGAGGUGAAGUGAUUUCUUCUGGGAGUAAAUCUCUGCCACCUGGGCCUCACUGCUCAGACAUUCCAUUGAUUCUGUCCAACAAGCAAUUUCUGACUUGGGGUGGUGUCCCUCUCGGCAGGACUCAGCUCCAGAAACUAGCUUUAAGAAACAGUUCUACAACUACAGUCCAAAAUUUGCGACUAUUUAUCAAAGGACAAGAUCAGGAUUGCUUUCAGAUUCAGAACACUUUUGGCUCAGAAGAGCGAUUGACCAGUAAUUGUGAAAUCAGAAUUUGCCCAGGAGAGGACUUUGUAAUCUCUGUGUUAUUUGCACCUACUCGAUUAUCUUGCAUGUUGGCUAAACUAGAAAUCAAACAACUUGGAAAUCGAUCACAGCCAGGCAUUAAGUUUAUGAUACCUUUGUCUGGAUAUGGAGGAACAAGUAAUCUUAUUUUAGAAGAUGUUAAGAAACUAUCAGACAGUUACUUGGUAACAAUGAAUGGCUUAAUUCCUGGCAAAGAAAGUAAAGUUACUUUUUCUGUUCGCAACACUGGCUCCAGAGCAGCCUUUGUUAGAGCAGUAUGUUUUAAAGAUUCUCAGAGGAAAGUCUUGCUGGAUCCUAAAGUAUUGAGGAUUUUUCCAGAUAAAUUUGUACUUAAGGAAAGAACCCAAGAAGAUAUUACUUUAGUAUACAAUCCAUCAAGCAGAAGGAAUGACGAUAAACCUACAACAGAAUUGUUAACUGUCUACAUGUUUGGUGGUGAUGAAAUCUCCAGACAGCAGUAUCGAAGAGCUCUGUUGCAUAAACCAGGAAUCAUAAAGCAGAUACUUCCAGAACAUAGUGUGCUACAACACAUCGACUUUGCUGAAGCAUUUCAGGAUGAGCUACUAUUAGAUGAAGCAUGUGAUCUUCCUCAGCGGCCUAAUGACAUUCAGCUCUUUUAUGGAAGCAUACGUAAAAUUACCCUGUCAGUAAUCGGAGAAUUCAGAGAUUCCAUUUGUAGCAGAGAAUUUCUUCAGCCUUCCUCUAGUGCUGAAACUAAAAGUGAAUCUGGAACUUCCGGGAAACAAAGCGGCAAUGUCUUUUUGGAUGUCUUGCCAGUUAAAGGCCCUCAGGGUCCAUCUUUUCUCUCACAAACUUCCCACCCUGCUCAGGACACACCAACCCCUGAAGAGAAGUGGGCUGUCCAUCCGGAACACUUGAUUCUGAUAGCUCCUUCUUCUUGUGAGUAUCUUGGUGAUUUGGCAAAAACUGGAUGUUUCCAGAUUAUAAAUAAUUCUGUUACUUUACUGAAAUUUGAGCUGUACUGGCCAGCACAUUGUCUAACAGUCACGCCACAACAUGGAUUUAUCAUGCCAGAGAGUAAAAUACAAAUUCUUGUAAGUCCUAAUUUUUCUGUGUCUACAAAAGAGUCAAUGUUCCCAUGGACUGGUUUGAUCUACAUACACUGUGAUAACGGACAGAAGAAAAUUGUAAAAGUUCAAAUUCGAGAAGAUUUGACUCAAGAACCUUUACCUCAUUUGCCCUCCUCCUGCACAUUGGGAAUUCUUGCCCCAGCACCUGAGCCUUCUAUUCAUCAUUUGACAAAACCAAUAUCAAAACCACCUUCCACAAAAGUUGAAAUUAGAAGCAAGACAGUGGUUUUUCCUCCAACAGAACCUGGUAAAACCUCAGAAAACUAUCUGGAACUGGAGAAUUGUGGCCCCACAGAUGUAAAGUGGCACCUGUCAUCUUUUGCUCCCCCAUAUGUUAAGGGAGUUGAUGAAACUGAAGAUGUUUUUAGAGCUACUUACACAGCAUUCAGGUGUUCUCCCAUUUCUGGCACACUAGAAGGCCAUGGAAUCCAAAAGGUCUCUAUCAUGUUUCUGCCCAGAGACAGAGGAAAUUAUGCCCAGUUUUGGGAUGUAGAGUGCCACCCUGCUAAAGAACCUCACAUGAAACAUACAUUGAGAUUCCAGCUCUCUGGGCAGAGCAUCAGGGCAGAGAAUGAUCCUGAAGAGUCAUGCUCCUCCAGAGAUACCCUCAUUAAAGUAGAUGCCGCAGUCAUGUCCCGGAGGUGUGCUAUGUCUGAGACCACUGCUCACAAGCCUGGCAGGCAGCUUGACCUGAGUCAUCGUGGAGUGUAUGCCCCAAAGGAUGUCUACAUGUUCUUGCCAACCAAACUUGGGGAAUCCAGGACACUGAAAGUCAAUUUGCGAAAUAAUUCUUUUUUUACUCAUGUGCUGAAGUUUUUGAGCCCCAGAGAGCCUUUCCACAUCAAACACUCCAAGUACUCUCUGAGGGCCCGACACUAUAUCCACAUCCCAGUGCACUUCAGACCAGAGGCAGUGGGCAGAUUUGAAGCUUUACUUGUGAUCCAGACAGAUGAAGGCAAGAGUAUUGCUGUGCGACUAAUUGGUGAAUCCCUUGGAAAAAGUUAACUAGAAUACAUGUUGUGUAAAUGACCUGCUUAUAUUUUGGCAAUCUCAUUUUUCUACACCAAAAUUAUGCUGUUGUAUAUAUUUUGUAUGAUAAAUUCAAUGUGUAUAAAUUAUAGAUUUGUUUUAUAAAGAAUUUAUUCCUGAAGCCCUCACUAAAUAUCAUGUAUCUCGCUCAUAGUAUUAACAUUUACAGGGGAGAAUAUUCUAUUUUUACAUUGAUUAUGACAUUCUGAAUAAAUAUGGCAUAUGUUUUAAUGUGGUAUGUUUACAAAUAAAGUUGAUAUUUAAACUGAA